CAAAGACGAAGGAGGCUCAAAUUAGACUGGACUGCAUGGAGCCUUGGGUUGGGUUGUGAAAAUGACUCACUGAUACACUCUGAGAAUAUUAAAGUGUCUGCAGGAAGGUUUAAACGGCAGAGGGAGUCAUAGUGAGUAUGCAAGGGGAGCUGGAAAGUUGACUGACCAGAGCACAAUCAGAGUUGGAUUUAUGGAACGCAGCUGUUGAGUGGUUGACAGACAUGUGAGAGAAGCUUAGACACUCCUGCUUCACAGGCUGCACGUUGAAGCUUGAGCUCUCCUUUCUAUUUGGAAGAAAAGAGGACUGCUUUUCUAUAACACAUAACAAGUCCAGAUGGUGCAGGAGCAGUAUGUCGCCACAACCCAAUACAGCAACAACCCAGAGCCGAUGACAGACCAUGUCUAUAAAAUUGGCAUCUAUGGCUGGAGGAAGCGGUGCCUCUAUCUGUUUGUCCUUCUGCUCAUCAUUAUCCUGGUGGUCAACUUUGCCCUCACCAUCUGGAUCUUCAGGGUGAUGUGGUUCAAUAUGGAAGGGAUGGGACACAUGCAAGUAGAGUCACAUGGAGUCAAGUUGGAAAAUGGAGAGUCAGAGUUUCUUUUCCCCUUAUAUGCUCAGGAAAUCCACUCAAGAGAAGACUCUAUUCUUCUAGCAAACUCAUCAGAAAACGUUUCUCUUAAUGCCCGCGAUGAAAAUGGUGACGUCACGGGGAGGAUGUGUGUGGGUACAAAAGAGGCUCAUGGACAUGGCCAAAACCUGCUCAUCAACUCCCACAACGACAAUAUGUUGUUCACUGCAAAUGGCGACCAGACUGUAAUUGGACCAGACAAACUACGAAUCACAGGUCCUGAAGGUGCACUGUUCCAGCAUUCAGUGGAGGUACCCCAGCUGAAAUCAGAACCUUUGAAAGACUUAAGGUUGGAAUCUCCUACUCGCUCUCUCAGUAUGGAUGCCCCAAAAGGAAUUCAUCUCAAAGCACUGGCUGGCAACAUUGAAGCUGCUUCCAACAUGGAUAUAGUUCUGCAAUCUAGUAAAGGACUGCUGGUGCUGGAUGCUGAGACUGUGCGCAUGCCAAGUCUGCCCUUGAGCCAAGGGGGGGUUUCUGGUGAUGCACUGGGUCUCUACGAGGUUUGUGUCUGUCCCAGCGGCAAAGUCUUCCUGUCCAAGGCUGGGGUCACUUCCACUUGCAGCGAGAAUCAGGAAUGCUAGAAUGACUCUUCACAAUCCUAUUUUAUUUAUGUUCCUCUGUAUAUCUGGCUGAUUUUUUUCUUUAUACAACAGCUAAUCUGUAAUGGUCCACCUGAUCCGUCAAGGCCUUAUAAACUCCGAAAUACCUAUUGGCACACACUCUAGAGAUUUCAUGAAAUGCAUUCAUUGAUCACAUCCAAGACCUUCCAGCAAAAAGAAAACAACAACAACCUGGCAACAAGUAUCUAACUUAUCUGCAUCACAACUGUGCAGAUAAUUUUUUAUACAUAUAGUAUCAUGGCUGGGCAAUUAGUAGCUGUUGGCUUAGACCCUAAGCUAUUUUGUCACAAACACAUAUCAAGGGCAUAGAAUAAUAAAAAAGAAAACCAUCAAAUAUUAAGAUAAAGUUAUUGAAAUAAUUACAUGGCUUACUGAUGCCCAUCUGGCAACAAUCUUUUAAUAUGAUUUUUUUUUUUUUUAUCUUAUUGGGUAUUAAAAAAAAGUGCAACACCAAGAGGGACAUCAUUAUUUUUUUUUAAAGCUGAUCCCAAUGAACUUUCUAGAGAUCCUGAUCAAAUUUUAUGAGAUACCCUUAAACUUUCUUGACAUCUCAAACACAACUUUUUGUAAUUAGAUAUAUUCCUACUUCUGAUAGAAGGUACCAGAUGUAUAUUCACAUAUUAGCCCUUCUAGGUCAAUUACUGUUCAGUGAAACGUUACUUUUACAAAAGCAACACCUCUUUUCAACCUUAAUAAUGUAGACAGUGUGCUACAAUCUGAUUUUUAUCAGUACAAGCAAUCGUUUGAGCUUGACAACUUACAGUAGCUGACAAGCACAGAAAGAUUGGAUUUGAGUGUGUGGGGCCUGUCUACUAGCUACUACAUACAGGAAUGGUUUCAAAUUUGUAAUACUACAGCGAUUAGUUUAGGACAAAUAGGAAUUUUAAGUGAUGUAGUAUACAGGAUAAUUUAGGUGUAAAGUGGUUUUAGUGACACUUAUAUCACUCAAACACUCAUAUACCAACUGUAUGCUUUUAUCAUUAAAAAUAUCUCCAUAAUUAUGUAUUUCCUCAAAUGAAUGGCUAAACAAAGUUAAGACCAUACAUAUAUGAGGUCAUUUUUGGGAUAAUUCAUUUUAUAUUAGCACAUGAGAUAUGAAGUUUCUGCCUGUUAAAAAUAAGUUUUCCUUAUAUAUUAUCUUGUCUUUAUGUUUGGUCUAUGUAAAUAAUAUCAGUGUGGCCUAGACCUGCUUUUUGUUAAGUGUCUUGGCAUAACAUUUGUUAUGAAUUGGUGCUGUAUAAAUAAAGAUUUUUGAUGAAUUGAUUGCUUGAUCAAUUUGUUUAUUGACUGACUGGUUUAAUUAUUUCCCCCAAAUUAUACAAAAGCAUAUAACCAACUGGAGACCAUUGUGUGAACUUGCUUAUUUGAAAAGACACAUAUUAAGUUAAAUAUUAUUUAAGUAGCAUCUCUUUUCUGUAUUGCUGUAGUAUAUCAAAGUUUGGACCACUCAUAUAUGAAUACAUUUAUAGAUGGUCCCUGCACACUUCAGUCACAGCUGUCUGAACAUUGUUCAGCAAAACAAUGUUCCUGAAAACACAUCAUGAGGUCAUCUCAUGAAGGAAAGAAUUGUUUAUGAACACAAUGUACAUAAGGUACAACAACAUCUUUUUAAAGUGAGGAGCAGUAAAGAACUUGACAUCAGUUGCUUCGGUGACUUACUGCGAUGUUGAAUACUUGUUGACUUGGGAAGGCCACGUCUGUGGAAAGUACAGAUUAUAUCUGAAUAAAAAAAAGCAAGACCUUGUAAAAAUUGAUUUUAUUAUGAAAGACACUUAGGAGAUUAAGAGAUUAAUUUUAGUAUGGUACAACACUAGGCAAAUUUCUCAUUUUCUUUCAAUUACUUCAUAGGAUUGAGAUUGAGACACUGUGUCCUAUGUUUCUAAUGUUGUAUAACAUUUUUAUUUUUUUCCAGUUUGUAAGACAACGUUAGUCCGGCCCAUUUUUAGCAUGUAAUUAUACCUGAACAAAACAGCCUUUUUUUCUGCAAAAAAGUUACAAAAGUCUGUUUGUUAAUGAGAUUUGAUAAGGGCCAGGGGCCAAAAUAAAGCAGUUCUGUAGCAGCCAUUAUUUUGUGAUUUUCAGGGGAAAACUAGACUUUAAUUUGCUUAUUGGACAUAUAUGCCCAGUUGACCAUAUAACAGAGAAUGUUUUGUUUGAGCAACUUCGUAUUUUUCACAUUAUUCUGGCGGUUCUGUAAGCAUAAUUUAAGAUUUCAUGAUGCUGUAUUAUGAUUGUGAGUGUUGGUAAGUAGCAAAUUAUACUAGAACAUAUGAGAUAACUGCAAAUUAAUGUGUGUCAUGUCUUAAUCUGAAUAAACUGCAUUUUUCUUCU